AUGACGGGCUUCGUCUGGGCCACAUUGGCCCUUUCAUUCUUUACCUCCUCCGUCUCAGCCACUUCUCCCGCCCCCAAAGCAGGCCCUGAAGCCUUCAACAAGCCACCCGCUGCCUCUCGUCCUCUCUUCCGGUACUGGCUUCCAGACGCCAGCGCAGCCGGAUCCACCGUUGUGGCAGACAUCAGUCGUGCCGACAACGUAGGGGCGGGAGGCGUCGAGUUCAUCCCCUUCUAUCAGUAUGGCGGUGAUGCCGGCGGUGUUCCGCCUGGGGCGGAUUGGACAAAGUACGGAUAUGGGACUCGGCCCUUCCUCGAGCUCUUUCGUCAGGCUUUGGAAGCGCAUAAGUCUCAUGGAAUGACCAUGGAUUUUCCCCUUGGGCCAAAUCAGGGUCAAGGAGUUCCCGCCGAGUCUGACAACGAAGGUCUACAGUGGGAUUUGGUCCCCUUCUCAGCUCCCGUCCCUUCGAGUGGCUUCUUCGGUCACCAGAUUCCCGGAUGGGGAUCUGGCGAGCUCAUCUCUCUUGUCUCGGCAACCAUCAAGAGUCGUUCGGUCGGACAGGGCUCGGCUUACAACUACACCGUCUUGGUGGUAGAGGAGAGCACCAUCACUUCACUAUCCGACCAGGUCUCGCCCGAUGGGAAACUGACCCGGAAGAUUCCCCAGGGCGGCCAAGGUAAGGAGCAGUGGGUGUUUGCCUUUUACCAGCGACGAAGUUUGAGAAAGAACUUGCACUACGACGACAAUGAAGCAGCUAGCACAAUGGGAAAUGGCUCCUAUACGGUGGAUCACUUCAGUGCCAGGGGUGCUUUGACAACGAUUCGUUUCUGGCAGAAGCACAUACUGAGUGAUGGUUUGAAGUCGCUGUUGAAGGACACAGCUGGGGCUGCUUGGGAGGACAGUCCAGAAAUCGUGUCCAACAUAUCAUGGACCCGCGAUAUGCCUCAGGUGUUCGAAAAGCUCCAUGGCUACGACAUCCGCCCGUAUCUCCCUCUCAUCAUGUGGGGGAAUAACAACCUCGCCAUCCAGGCGGCAAAUCCGGGCAGGGUGCGUGCGAUCCUGGAUACCCCCGACCGCGGACAAGGUGUCAUCAACGACUAUCGGGCCGCCCUGGAAGCAGGAUACCACGAGUACAUCACCACUCUGAAGAAGUGGCUAAACCACGAGCUGGGCGUGUCCUUCCGGGCACAGGUGUCGUACAACCUGCCCAUGGACAUGGCGGUGCACGUUCCGUCUGUCGAUAUACCCGAGGUGGAGAGCCUGGGCUUCUACGAUAGCCCAGACGCCUACAGGCAAUACACCGGAGCAUCCGUGCUGGCCGGCAAGAGGGUUGUCUCGAACGAGCUAGGGGCUGUCAUGGGAAGUGCGUACUCGUACAAGCUCCCUGCGCUGCUCCACUCAGCCAACCUCGGCUUUGUGGCCAACGUCAACAAGUUCGUCGUCCAUGGUCAGUCGUAUAGCGGCAACUAUUAUAAUACUACGUGGCCGGGGCACACACCUUUUCAAUACGCUUUCUCCGACGCGUACUCGAACAAGCAGCCAUCGUGGGAGCAUGGUAUGGCAGAUGCCAUGGAGUACCUCGCUCGGGUGCAGCACAUGAUGCAGAGCGGGUUGGCAAAGCUAGACGUGGCAGUCUACAACAAAGUCUCGGCGACAGAUCUCAUGCCGCCCAAGGAUAUUUAUUCUUCUACCGACUUGUCAGAUGAAGGUUACACUUACGCUUAUCUUACCCCUGGUAACUUCAAACUGCCUCGGGCGGUUGUGAAGAACAAGGUCCUUGCCCCUGACACUGGGUCGUUCAGGGCACUUGUCCUUCCCGAUGGGAGCAGCAUCACCCACGAAGCGGUCAAAGACCUCAUCCGAUUUUCCAAGGCUGGUCUGCCCAUCAUUAUCGUCGGUCGACCUGUUUACUACCCAUCCAACCGCAAGGGAGACGAGGCGCGGACUUGGACUGCAUUCAAGUUGCUCCAGGACCUACCAUCUGUCUACAUGACCAAAGCCGGGCACGUGGCCAAGACCCUGCGAUCGAUCGGGGUCGUUCCCGCCGUCGGUAUCAAGUCGGAAGGUAAGUGGCUUCAUUCCAGACGUCAUGAUGCAGUCAAUGGUCUAGAUGCCGUCUUUAUCCUCGGAGGCCCCCGGCCUUCUGCGGGCCACAUUGAAGUCACCCUCCCCGGCACUCCCUAUACCUUUGAUCCCUGGACGGGUAUGAAGGAACCUAUUCUUCACUAUACGAAGAAUCCAAAAACACAGAUGAUGAGCAUUCCCUUAGCCUUGGCCGCGAAUGAGACGAAGAUCAUCGUCUUUAGCACAAAGCCACUAAAGGACAUGGCCCUUCCCAAAUCACACAUCACUCAACUCCCUCAGUCUAUCCAAGGUUACCAAUACAACGCGAAGGCUGGACUAGAGCUCCGCGUGGUUUCUUCCCCUUCACCCGAGACGCUCUAUCUCAACAACGGGGUGGCAAAAAGGAUCGAGGCAUCAGGCGUGCCGGCAGCGAUUCAACUCAAGAACUGGGUCUUGACCGCCGAGCACUGGGAGGCACCAUCGAACCUCUCUGACGCUUCCGAGGUAGCCUCGAAGCGCAAUACCACCCACCAGCUAGCCGCUCCGCUCAAAUCCUGGACAGAGCUCGGCUCUGAACUAGCAGAUGCGUCCGGGGUGGGCUACUACGAGAGUUCAUUCACCUGGCCCCCGGCCAGUGGCGCCGACGGUGCCUACAUCGAGUUCUCUCCCGCUCUUCACGCCAUGACGAUCUGGGUCAACGGAAAACGAGUGGCGCCACUCAACUAUAACCGCCCAAGUGCGGAUAUAGGUCCUCUGCUUAGAAAAGGACAGAAUCAGGUUCUUGCGGUCGUCCCAACCACCAUGUGGAACUACUUGAAGUCUAUUCUCUCAGAACUAUGGUGUGCCGGAAGCCCUCCGCUUGUAGUGAAGGGGAUGGGCCUCAUUUUCCCACCGCCGGCAAGGUCGGAGAACGGUUUGCUGGGUAAUGUUUGCGUCACGCCGUACAGGAACGUUGUGGUUAAGAUCUAG